AAGAUUAAGAAAUCAGUCAGUAUUUGGCCGUAUACCUGUUGAGUUUAAGAUUCGACAUUGAAGACAACAUGGCAGAAAAUUUUAAGCCAUCGAUUAGUUUUUCGACAAAGUCAUUGCUGCAAAAGUUUUCACCAAAAAAACUAUUCCCAUUAACACCGAGAGAGUCACCGAGAGAGUUACCGGGAGAGUCACCGAGAGAGUCACCGAGAGAGUACCAGAGACAGUUACCGAGUGAGUCACCGAGACUGUUACCGAGAGAGUCACCGAGAGAAGUACUGAUAAAGUCACCAAGAGAAACAACGAGAGAAUCAUUAAGAAGAACAUGGAGAGAAUCACCAAGAGUAACACCAAGAGUAACACCGAGAGAAUCACUAAGAGUAACACCGAGAGAAUCACCAAGAGUAACACCGAGAUUAAUACCGAGAGAGUCACCGAGAGAAACAUCGAGAGAGUCAUCGAGAAGAACAUCGAGAGAGUCAUCGGGAGAAACAUUGAGAGAGUCAUCGGGACUGUCACCAAUAAAUGUUACAUUGAAAAAGGCACUAACAAUAUCAAGCAGCAAACAGACAACAAAUCGCGAAAGAGAAAGAGAUCUGAAGAAUGACGAAUAUUUGCAAUCCCAGGAAUAUUUACAAAGCCAAGAUUUGAAGUUCUGGCCGCUACUAAGCAUCUUACGUGAAGAGUUUCUGUUAGAGAUUGAAACCAUCAUGUGGUAUGGAAAGAAAGACGAACUUGUGAAUUGGCAAACGGUUUUAAUUGUAACAAAAGAUAAGAACUAUUACAGUUUGGACAAUAAAGAAUUAAUAAAAAACCCUGUAAUAAAUACUGUACAAAUUCAAAAAGUAGAAACUCUGUGUCAAAAAGAUAUCAUAACCAUGAUACAUACCAAUGACUGUUCAUUCGUACUGACUGAGGAAGGAAAGAUAUAUUCCUGGGGCCUCAAUGCAUUCAGCAUGUGUGGACAUGGAGUGGAUUAUGUAAUACCCUUCCCUCUUGAAAUGUUAGAUUUUGUAGACAAACGAAUAGCGGACAUUAGAUGUGGUGAUACUCAUGUUCUCGUGCUCACCGACGAUAGAAAGAUGUACAGUUGGGGAGAAAACUUUUCCGGGCAAGUUGGUAAUACUAAUGAUGAUGUGGUUCGAAAACCUAUGGAAGUCAUAAUUAUGGAUAAAUUCGGUAAAAAAAAGGACAUUAAAGGCAUUUCUUGCGGCUCUAAUUUCAACAUGGUUGUUACUUGCGACGGUCAACUUUAUGGUUGGGGCGGAAAUACAUUUGGUCAACUUGGACUUGAAAAUAAUAUCGAAAAGAUAUAUCGGAAACCGAUAAAAAUCCCGAUAAAUGUCGCAAUAGCAAAAGUGGAAUGCGGAUCUCAACAUACGUUGGCGCUUACUCAGGAAGGGUUGGUCUAUGUCUGGGGUAGAAACAACGAUGGACAAUUGGGCAUCGGGAGCUGCGUGGACUAUAUUGUUACUCCCGUUACGAUAAGCACAAGGAAAAUCGGGAAGAUAAUGGAUAUCGUCACUCGAUAUGAUUGCACGAGAAGUGUAGUAGUUAAUGAAGACAACCGUAUUUACGUAUGGGGUUCAUCUGUUCAUGCACCCACAUGUUAUUUGAGUCCACAUGAUAUUAAUCUUAACAAUAUAUAUAAUGCGUUUCAAGAUCUUAGAAGCUUCAAAAAAGUACACAAUCCCUGUAGAAGCCUAAGCAAACGCGACAAAUUAUCAAAUGUUUUGUCUGCAACAUAUUUGGGAACUGUAUUCGACAAUUGCAUGUCAGCCGAUGUUGAGUUAAUAGCGUAUAACAAAUCUAUAUAUAUUCACAGAAAUGUCAUUAUGAUUAAGUGUCCGGAAAUGUAUAAAAAAUUUUUUAUGCAUAACUCAGACAGUGUCAUCAUACGAAAUGAUUUCUCUGCUGCUUCAUAUAAAUCCUUCUUAAAAUAUUUAUACACUGGUGUAAUUGUCCUACCUCACGAGAAUUCAUUAGAGAUCUACGUAUUAGCUUCUUCUUACGGCGAUAAUAUCUUUCUGAAAACUUGCAUUCGGAUGUUAAAGCAAAGGAUCAACGUAUUAAAUGUCCUUUAUUAUUAUGUCGAGGCGAUAUCACUGCAAAUAAAGGAAAUAGAGGAGUUCUGCUUGGCGUAUGCCAUAAAUAAUCUGACGGCUGUGGUAAAGACAAAUGGUUAUGCUAACUUAUCAGAAAAGAUGCGGUAUGAUUUUAUGAUUGAAGCAGCCAAUGAGAACGCUUUUAAAUAUUAAUUUGUCUGCUUAGGUAUUUAUUGGUCAUUUAUUAACGUAUACUAAUAGCAGUCUAAUAAAUUGAUAAAAAAUUAGUAUAAA